AUGGGAGGUGAAGCUCAUAAAGUUGUGAUGCUGGUAACUAAUUUGAUCUCAUACUCAGUGUUCGUGGGUGUAGUCAGCGCCACCUACUUCGAUGGGCCCAAGACUUCGUCUGCUAACCACCUCUCCUCCACUGGUGGUGGCGGUGAAGGAUUUGCUGGUGGUAACGCUGGAGGAAACAGAGGAUUCGGUGGAGUAGGCAGUCUAGGAUACAGCAGAGGAGGGAGCAGAGGUGGAAGUGGAGGGAGCAGUUACAGCGAUGUUAAUGGAGGAUCUGGUAGCAUCGGAAGUCAAAGCAGUGGAUUUGGUGGCAGCGGAGGCGGAAGCGGAGGAUUUAGUGGCAGCGGAGGUGGAAGUGGAGGAUACAAUGGAGGCUUUGGUGGUGGUGCCACCAUUGCUGACUUAGCCACCAUCAUCCCUGGAGGUGGUGUACCUGGCAAAGACUACCCCAUCCUGGCCUACGUCCCAAAUACCGGCUUCUCCUGCAACGGUCAGCUUCCCGGUUAUUACGCUGACACUGCCCCCGAGGCCGGCUGUCAGGUAUUUCACAUCUGUCAACAAGGUGGAAGAAUCGACUCGUUCCUGUGUCCCAACGGUACCAUCUUCAGCCAGCAGUACUUCGUGUGUGUCUGGUGGUUCAAUUUCGACUGUUCCACUGCUCAACAGUUCUAUUUCCUCAACGCUGAAAUCGGAAAAAUCAGAGGUAGUGGUAGCAGUUAUACCGGUGGAAAUAUUAACGGCAAUGGUUUUAGCGGCACUGGAGGAGGAUUUGGUGGUCCUUCCGGUCAACAAGGAUCGUUCUCAAGCGCUCUAGGUGGAAUUGGGAACGUUGGUGCUCCUUCACAGUCUUAUGGACCACCCCCAAUAGGUGGAAGUGGAAGCGUCACCGGUAGAGGUGGUAACGGAAACGCAGGCUUCAAUAACGGUAACGGUGGCAGAGGCAGCGCUGUUGGCAACAGAAACCUUCAACCUCCCUCUGGUCUCUAUCAAGUACCAGCAGCUGGAAAAUAAGAUCUUCCACGUAUAUUCGACGAGUAAAUAAAGUUUUAUCUUACAAAUAAUAAAUAUCAUAAAUUAAUGUAGGCAUUAAUAAUGCUUCUAAUAGCACUAGCUCUUCCCACUUUGGAGACGAAGGAAAACUUACUUCCCACCUGUUGGUGGCAAGGUUGUUAUAGUAUCUCUGACCUCCCACUCGUCCAUUAGGAUAGUCCUACUUAUUAUUGUAUGUAAAUAUUUGCCACUCUUUUCUCAAUACCUUACCUAAUUGAGAAUUAUCUG